ACUGUUGACUGGUGAGUACCCGAGUGAUCAGGAGCUAGGCCGCGCAGACACAGCAGAAAGAACAGAACCAGUUGCCCCAUACACCAUUGCACACAAAUACAGAGUCGUCUAUAUAGUAUCCCUACAGCAGAGCUCGCCCAGGAUCCUGCCAAGGUACCCCCUAUAUAAAAAGCUCGAACAUACCCGCACCAAAAGGACCCGAUACCAGGUGAGGUUCUCUCCCAGCUCCCUCGCUCGUCGGUGUAGCGUGCACAUCACCCAGCUCCUCCCACCGUAGCUGGCCGCCUUAUGAGAUAGCUCUCGCCAGCUCGGCGCAGCGGCCGACCGGGGGCGACGGGGACAGGGAUAGCGGAAGAGCAAGGGUCGGUCCGGGAGAGGGGUAGAGGUUGACCGGUCGUCGGUCGGUUCAGUUGAGUGGGCGUCAUGGAGACCAUCCGGUGCUGCAUCGCGUGCAUCCUGCCGUGCGGCGCCCUGGACGUGGUGCGCAUCGUGCACUCCAACGGCCGGGUGGAGGAGAUCAGCGAGCCCGUCCUCGCCGGCGAGAUCAUGAAGGCCUACCCCAAGCACGUCCUCCGGAAGCCGCCCUCCACCUGCCCCUCCGACGGCGGCGGCGGCAUCGUCGUGCAGAAGCCCGUCAUCCUGCCGCCCAAUGCCGAGCUGCAGAAGGGCAAGAUCUACUUCCUCAUGCCGGUCAUGGCCCCGGCACCGGACAAGGCCGCCGCCAAGCCCAAGGCGCCCGCGCCCGCGCCAACUGCGGCCGCGCCAGCGGCGAGGAGGCGGCGGAGGAGGAAGGAGUCCGGGGAGGCCGCCGCCGGCAACAACGCUCCAGCGGCGUCCCUGCAGAGCGCGGAGGGCGAGAAGGAGCGGCUGCUGGCGAACGAGAGGUACCUGUCGGAGAUCAUGAAGGAGAAGGCGUCGACGGCCAGGGACCGGCGGCGCGGGCGCGUGGCCGUGUGGCGGCCGCACCUGGAGAGCAUCACCGAGGAUGACUUGUAAUCAGACAAGGUGUUUGUUUCACACUUUUUUCCUUCUUCUUCUUCUUUUCAUUUCUUCCUUUCGAUUUUCUAGUUUACUUCCUCUUCUGUUAAUUCCCUCUGCUUGCGCUUCGGCCUCUUUUAUUUUUCGCCCAUCUUUCCCCGGCCCGACUCCUUUAGAGCGAGCAUCACCCUCCCCCCUGCUCUCUUUACAGGGUGAAUGAUGCCUUUUGUGAAGAAAAAGAUACAAUUUUUGCUAGUA